GACCUGGGCACCAUCUCCACCACUGUCCCUAAAGCCAUGGCCAAUUCCCUCUGGGACACCAGGGCCAUCUCCUACACAGGAUGUGCUUCUCAGGUCUUUUUCUUUUUCUUUCUGAUCUCAGCAGAAUAUUCUCUACUGACCAUCAUGUGCUAUGACCGCUACGUUGCCAUCUGCCAACCCCUGCACUACGGGACCCUCCUGGGCAGCAGAGCUUGUGUCCACAUGGCAGCAGCUGCCUGGGGCACUGGGUUUCUCAAUGCUCUGCUGCACACGGCCAAUACAUUUUCUAUACCACUCUGCCAGGGUAAUGCUCUGGACCAGUUCUUCUGUGAAAUCCCCCAGAUCCUCAAGCUCUCCUGCUCAGAUGCCUACCUCAGGGAGGUUUGGCUUCUUAUGUUAAGUUCUUUUUUAGGUUUUGGGUGUUUUGUUUUCAUUGUGGUGUCCUAUGUGCAGAUCUUCAGGGCUGUGCUGAGGAUCCCCUCUGAGCAGGGACGGCACAAAGCCUUUUCCACGUGCCUCCCUCACCUGGCCGUGGUCUCCCUGUUUGUCAGCACUGGAAUGUUUGCCUACCUGAAGCCCCCCUCCAUCUCCUCCCCAUGCCUGGACCUGGUGGUGGCAGUUCUGUACUCGGUGGUGCCUCCAGAAGAAGAAGUAUAUGAGGCCCUCAACAGGCAGAUAGGAGCAGCCUCACAUUGGCAGGCUCUGGUCCUCAUGGGAGAUGUCAACCACCUCGAUAUUUGCUCAAAGGACAACACAGCAGGGCAUAAGCAAUCCAGGAGGUUUGUGGAGUGCCUGGAUGAGAAAUUCCUCACUCAAAUGGCAAAGGAGCCAAUGAGGAGAGGUGCUCUGCCUGACCUCAUCCUCAUCAACAAUGAGGGCCUUGUUGGGGAUGUGAAGGUCAAAGGCAGCCUUGUGACCAUGAGAUGGGGCUGUAGUGACCAUGAGAUGAUGGAGUUCAGGUUCCUGAGGGCAGGCAGGAAGGCAAAAACAAUCUCAGAGCCCUGGGUUUAA